AUGGCUAUUUGGGACUCGUUCAGCGGCCGCAAGGCGACCACCUCACAAGAUGCCUUCGACCCUACCUCUGCGCAAGACGUGUCCUCUUUUCUCGGACAAACAUCAUUCCCCGACCCUUCUCAACUGCACCCGCUAGCAGGCCUUAAUCAGGACACGCUUGAUUAUCUCUCACUAGAAGACUCCGCUUUAGACGCAAUCCCCGGCUCACGGUCCGCCCUACCCUCAAGGGGCUGGUCUGAUGAUCUUUGUUACGGCGCUGGAUCGACAUAUUUGGCCGGACUUACGAUAGGAGGAGUCUGGGGAUUGGCAGAAGGUUUACAACGAACACCGGCCAAUGCUCCACCUAAGCUGCGUCUCAACGGUGUGCUUAACUCGAUUACCCGACGAGGACCGUUUUUGGGAAACAGCGCAGGUGUUGUGGCUAUGGUGUAUAAUGGUAUCAACUCCAUGAUUGGAUAUACUCGUGGCAAGCACGAUGCUGCCAACAGCAUUGUCGCCGGUGCUUUGAGUGGAAUGAUUUUUAAGAGUACCCGAGGCACAAGACCUAUGCUUAUUUCUGGCGGUAUUGUUGCUAGCAUAGCCGGGGCCUGGACCGUUAUCCGCAAGGCUGUCUUCGAGUAA